GUAUCCAGUAAGAAGAGCUCAUGCCAACAACCGUCUCUGGAGCUGGAUGGUUCCUAUCUGGGUAUUGGGGGACCUCAAACUUUUUAUAAGAACAGUAGAGCAUCAAAGGCUGGAAGCCCAGCCUGUGUUGCAUUGUCUCAGCCGUGUAGGAAUAAUCACGAUUACAGGACUGAAUUCCAUUACAACCAUCAGGAAUGUCUGAAGGAAUAUCCAGUAGAAAAUGGCUUGCACAGAAAGUGUAACAACAUGAUUUCACCAGCCAAGCAGAGGAGCCCUCACCAUUUAAAACCAGCUCAGGAGAUGGACCAGAAAGCAAAUGAAUUUCAGAGCACAUGCCUUCAGCAAGUGAGUCACGGUUGUGCCUGCAGACAUGUAGGGAGCUCAGGGAGUGUGCAGGAGAUCCACCAUAUCAGCCAGGUGCUUAGAAGUCACUCCAGGGCAGUUCACAAAACCUGUGAUUAUUCUAGGCGCUCUCGAGUUUCUGGGCUGAAUGACAGUGCAGACUCAGGGCCUAAAGAAACAGAGCAGGCUAAAAGGCUGUACGAAGGAAGAAGGCAGAAGCUGCUUCUGCAGAAAAUGGAGCUGGAAAUUGAAAAGGAACGACUCCAACACUUGUUGGCUAAGCAAGAAGCAAAACUGCUCCUAAAACAACAGCAGUUACACCAAUCCCGAAUGGAUUAUAACAGGUUUAGAGGCCAUGUACCUGGUUCAGAAGACAUGCCCAUUGAUGAAGCACCUGGAGAACUUGGUCUGAUGAUGAACGGCAACAGCCUGGGGCUAAG